AUGGAUGAGAAAGAAUGCAACAUUAAAGCUGCGAUUCAAUCAAAUUCCAAUCAACAUAAAAUUUUCACAAUUCUUAUCCGAGAAGCAAGAGCGACAGAAAAGCUACAAGAAUUCGUGAGUCCAGAAGUUACAUCUAGAAAGCAGAUAUCAAUUUCAUUUUGUUGUCUUGAACGACUUGUGUUGUUCAUGUGGUGUUUGUCUUGA